ACGACUUGUGCAGCGGAAAGUGAGAAACAGAGAAAAAAUGGAGUCGCGCUUCCACUCUCUCCUUCUCCCGCCGCUCCUCAUUUUUCUCUAUCUAUACCCAGUCUGCGGAAGCGGCGCCGGAGUCAUCAAAGUUAAUUACAAAUUCGCCGGCUCCGACGCCAGUCUCAGCGCCCUCAGAGCUCACGAUGAUAUCCGCCACCUCUCCAUCCUAGCCGGCGUCGACCUGCCCCUCGGUGGUACCGGUCGUCCUGACGCUUCUGGGCUCUACUAUGCUAAAAUAGGCAUUGGAACACCGUCAAUAGACUAUUAUGUACAGGUUGACACUGGAACUGAUAUAACUUGGGUUAACUGCAUUCAGUGCCAUCAAUGUCCCUGGCGAGGUUACCAUGGUAUUGAACUUCCCCUUUACAAUCCAAAAGAUUCUCUUACUGGAAAACUAGUGUCAUGUGAGCAAGAUUUUUGUAAAGAGGUCGGUGGAGGCUUAUCAGGUUGCAAUGCUAAUUCAUCAUGCUUGUAUACUGAGGUUUAUGGAGAUGGGAGCUAUACUAUAGGAUACUUUGUUGAGGAUGUUGUUCAGUAUGAUCGAAUAUCUGGGGAUUUGCAAACAAAAUCAACAAAUGGAAGUGUUAUUUUUGGAUGUGGUGCCCAACAAUCUGGAGAUCUGGGGCCAUCAGAUGAUGCAGUUAAUGGAAUAUUGGGUUUUGGAAAAUCUAACUCGUCAAUGCUUUCACAGCUAGCUUUGUCUGGAAGAGUGAAAAAGAUGUUUGCUCAUUGCUUAGAUGGUGUCAAUGGUGGAGGUAUCUUUGCUAUUGGGCAUGUUGUUCAACCACUAGUAAAUACAACACCCUUGGUGUCAAACCAGCCACAUUACAAUGUCAAUAUGACUGGAAUCCAAGUGGGUCAUGAUUUCCUGAAUCUGACUUCAGAUAUCUAUAUGGCAGACAAGAGGGGAGCAAUAAUUGACAGUGGUACCACAUUGGCAUAUCUUCCACAAAUGAUUUAUGAACCACUAGUAAAAAAGAUACUCUCCUGGCAGAUGGAUCUGAAAUUGCAAUUGCUUCACGACCAAUAUACAUGCUUCGAUUUUGCCGGAAGUGUUGAUGAUGGAUUUCCAAUUGUGACCCUCCAUUUUCAAAAUUCACUUUCUCUGAGGGUUUAUCCCCACGAGUAUCUGUUCUCAUUUGAAGACUUGAUGUGCAUUGGUUGGCAAAACAGUGGCUUGGAGUCCCAGGAUAAAAAGAAUAUCACAAUUUUAGGAGAUCUGGUUCUUGCCAACAAGCUGGUCCUUUAUGAUCUAGAAAAACAUGCAAUUGGAUGGACUGAAUAUAACUGCUCGUCAAGUAUCCAAAUAAAGGACGAAAUCACUGGUUCAGUGCAUCUCGUUGGAGCUCACACUCUGUCUUGUGGUUGGGAAUUCACCCCCCCUGUUGUAUUCAUCUUACUGAUGAUGGCUGUGUUGCAUUGUUUUAUACAAUGACCAGUGACCACAAACAGAUCAGUAUAGGAAACACUGAAAAGUGGAAGGAGUAAAUGACCACAAAACUUCAUCCCAAAAUGUGUAUAAUAAUCUCAGAAAUUGGCUAAGCUUACAGUAUAAUUACAACACAGAAUUGUAGGUCAUUGCUAGUACGAUUUUGCGUUUUUGUAGGCUACAUUACAUGGUGUAAAUAGUUUGUACAGAUGAGAACAUAGUGUUAUUAUUUCCACAGAUUAUGGAGGUUAUAAUAUAUGCAUCCUAUCAUAUUGAGAUGUAAAAUUCCAGAAGGUCAUGGAUUGUUCUGAAAAAAGGCCUGGGUGAUUUUAUGAUGAAAGUUCUGCCAUAAUUUGAAAGGUACGUUUUUAUGUAA